AUGGGGAGCUUGCUUGAGGCUGGCGUGCACCCUGCCGAUGUUGUAUUCUACAGAGAGGGGCAAGGCCCCAAGCUCUGUGCCUCGCUGGAAGAGUCGAUCUCACAGAUUUUAGCAGAAGAUACACAAUUCCUGGAGGACAUGGAAGAGAGGGGGGAAGAUCAGAUCGACCCGAAAUACAACAAUUUCUCAGAAGAGGCAAUCAGGCCAGCCGAAACAACAGGCCAGCAUGAAUCAGAGAUCUCGGACGUUGCGCAGCAUGCAAACGGGGCAAUGCCUGCCAUACACCCAGCAAAUUCGACAGGCAGAUUUCCUGCUCCUACAACUGCAGAUGGACAGCGUGAGCCCGCUUACAGCCGUCGGGCAGCGCCAGGGCCUGCUCCCUUCCAGGUUCCCAUCGCACCUGGCAGCAGACCGCGCCUCGGCAAGAAAGCAGCGCCAGAGAGGCAGAGAGCCGGCGGCUUUGUCGCCCCGCGCCCCCUCCAAAGGAAGCCCAUGGCUGGUGGCAACCCGAGGGAGGCACCUGCCUUCAGUGUGCCAAGUGUGGCUGCGGACAUGGGCCAAGCUGCCGGCCCUCCUGAUGUGCCAGCGGGCGUCUUCUCCUUCCUGGGAGGCAAGCAGAUCACCAUCAGCAGCGCAGCACAGCAGAGGGCUGCAGCGCUGUUGCAGCAGAUCCAGAAUGACGCUGGGGAUGACUAUCUAGAUGCUCCCUGCAUGCAGCUCAUCGCAGCGGAACCAGCACGGCAGGAGCAGAUGCCAGUGCCUGCCGCAGAGGAAUGCCCGAGCAGGCAUCAUGCCCCAUAUGAACCUGCACCAGCGGAGGAGAGCAGUCAGAAGCCCAUGGAAGCCAUUGGCAGCGAGGCUGGCCCAGACCACACCGUUGAGGCUGGCCGAGAGCCUGCCAUAGCUGCAGGGCAGGACACCCUACGGCAGCAGAUGGCAGAGGCUGCGGAUGAGGAUGCGCACAGGGCAAGUGAUGCGACUCAGCUGGCGCCAGGGGCGCUCGAGGGCAUCCCCAUGUCGAGCUGGGAGGAGACCCAGCAAGUGUGCACCAUGGCUGUUGUGCCAGACACACUGGUCAUUGACCAGCCGGCAGGUGAAGGAGGCUGCGAGGCGCUCGGCGAAUGCGAACCCAGCAACAGACAGAAUGCGAGCCAGCACUCAGCUAAUGACUCCCACGGUAUGGCAGAGCACGCAGAAUGGGGUCCUGUGGAGCAGACUCAGAUCCUGGAUCAGCCGUCCCCCGUCCAGCAAGGGGAGCCAGGCAGUGCAGAUGCUGCAGAUGGCCACCCGCGCGCUCCCUUGGAAGAGCCCAGAGGAGAGGAGGUUGCGCCCACUCAGCACCUCGACAACAUGCCACAGAUGGACAAACAGAUCAGCCUUCAUGCAGCAGCAGAACCAUCCAGUGAGGCUGCUGGAAAUGAAGGGGUGCAGAAGAAGCCCAGCGUGCCAUGCUCGCCAAUCGCGCAUAGGACACCCUCAGCUGGUGCUGGCCUACAGGAGGUGGAAAAAAAGACAGCCUCCACACCGGCAGCAGAUGUGGCGAAAAAUGCCCCGGAGGCAGCCGCCAGCGAUGCAGUAUGUGGCAGCGGGGCGAGCCAGGAAGCAGGGGAGGUGGAAGCAGCACACCUGCUUCAUGUGGCAGCGCAGUGUGGCGCUGGGGAGGGCAGUGGGAAGCAUGAGAAAGAGAGGAAUGCUGUAAGCUGUGGACUUAGUCCAGCACGCACAGCAGUGGUGGUGGGUGCAACUUCUUGCAGAGGCUCGCAGGCAGGCCUGGGGGAGCAUGCUGGGGAGGAGGCUACCACUGACUCUGUGCCAGUGCCUAUGGAGAGGCAUAACACCGAACACCAGCCAGCACAAAUGUCUCAGAAUGGCCCAGCAGAGCCUACAGGAGAGGCGGACUGUGUGGCAGGGCUCAUGGGGCACAUGUCGCCAGACAAUGACGAGAGGCAGCUCUCACCUCACCAGGGCCCACAUCAACCGCCAGCCACCUUCUCGUUUGCCACGGCGUCAGGCAAAGCGGUGCCGGUGUCAGCCGCAGCUCUGGCACAAGCGGCAGCCUUGUUCGGGAGCAGUCCAUUGCAGCAGAAGCACCAAGCCGGCGCACCCCGCAUGUUUGCAACGGGCUCCGGAAAGCCGGUGCACAUCGCCGCCGACAAGCUGGCCUGUGCUCAGGAUUUCCUGGGCUUUGCUGAGGAGGAUGCUGGCCCAGGGCAGGGGCCCGCUGCUCCUGCAGAUGACUGCUCCAUGGGCGUGGAUGAAGCUGAGGCAGCCCCUUCUGGGUGGGCAACCGGCUCGGGCAAGAAGCUGCAGGUCGAUGCCGCGAAGCUAGCUGCUGCUCGCGCGCUCCUGUCCGGUGCUGCUGGGGAAGCCUGCACCACGGGGGAUCUCAGCAGCGCGUCAGCUGACAGGCAGGGAGAACAGCAAAUCCUUGCGGAUGCUCAGUCGCCUGAAAAGAAACGCUUCAAGCCGGCAGCACACAAUGAGAAUGACGCGGCUGUCUGCAAGAGAUCCAUGUCUCCUGUGCCAGGCAGGCUUCAGGCGGGGAAUGUGCCAGCAUCACCUCACACACCAGCAGGCCUCGCCGCAAGGCCCCCCGAACUGCAAGAUCACCCGAUGACAACGCCCGCUGCAGAGCAGAGUGGCCCAGGGCCUGCAUUCACGAGCAAGGGGCCGGCAGAGCUGCCUGCACUGGGAAGCAGGAAAGCUUCCGGCAGCAGGAUGGGGGCAGCACGGCCGCCCUCCUCGGGGCUCAGCAAGACCACAGCCCGCAGCGGCGGCGGCUUCAGGGCGCCACGCAGCAAGUUUGCGACUCCCAUGCGCAAGCUCGCCCUGAAACAGGACAUGGCAAAGGCGGGCACUCCCAGCCGCCUGCAGGCCGCGAGCGUGCCCGUGGCCCCCCGGGUGCCGCUGCACAGUUUAGAGGGGACCCUGGCUGGCAAGCUCCUGGCGUCGCUGCCGGUUGGGACCUCUAUGUGCCCACAGGAGGACGCCAGUGCUGUUUCCGAGGCUGUGCUUGAGCUGGACAGCACCACUGCAACUGACCUCACACUCACAGCCUUCGAGGGCGUGGGGAAGGAUGGCGAGCGCUUGGGGCAUGCUGAGUUUGCUGCGCUGCUGCAUGCUGCCGGGGCUGAGCAGCAGUAUGCCUCGGUAGCCUGGGUGACGAAUCACUUCCGCUGGGUGGUGUGGAAGCUGGCCUGCUACGAGCGCCAGUUCCCCGCUCACCUGGCCGGCCGCAUGCUCACUCCUUCUCUUGUGCUGGACCAGCUCAAGUACAGGUAUGAGCGUGAGUUUGGGCAGGGGCAUCGGUCUGUGCUGAAGAAGGUCUUGGAGCAGGAUGAGGCUCCCCAGCGCCCCAUGGUGCUCUGCAUGGCAGCUAUCCUCCAGCGCCACCCAGGGGAGGAAGGCAGGCAGGACAGCUCCGAGCAGAGGCAGGUGGAAGUGACAGAUGGUUGGUACAGUGUGCGCGCCACGCUGGACGCGGGGCUGUCCAGGAUGCUUACAGAGCAGAAGCUGCGCAUCGGCACCAAGAUGCGCGUGUCCGGGUCGGAGCUGACUGCCGGCUCGCCGUCAGAAGUGCUGGAGGCCUCUCGCAGCUGUUUCCUGCACCUUCACUACAACGGCUGCCACAGGGUGGCGGAGGCAAUGCCGCUGGGCUGGACGGUCAGCCGCAGCGUGAUAGUUCCCCUGGGGGCCGUGCGGCCGGGCGGCGGCACGGUGUCGCGCACAUGCGUCGUGGUGCAGCGCAUAUUCCCGGCGCUGUACAGGGACCGCAUGUCGGACGGCCGAUACCUGCGCCGCACGCCCCGCGCCAAAGCCGUGGCCGACCGCCUCUCGGAGGGGGGCAUACAACAGGCGGAGGAAGCUUCGGCAUCUGCCGUGGCUGCAGAAGAGAGGGAGCACUGCAGGCAGAUCAUUGCAGACGCUAAGGAGGGCUCCAGCCUGCCAAAGGGUGCCCUCGUGUAUGCUCAAGCGCUCAUGGCUGAGGAGGGCCACGCAGACUCAGCAAAGUCCUUCGGCAGUGACAGUCGCGCAGAUCAUGACAGGUACCAGAGCAUGCGGCAGCAGGCAAUGCAGGCACGGAGGGAAGCAAUUCUGAACGCAGACCUGCCUGCACGAGGCCUGCAUGUGGAGAGAUCCAUCCGCCAGAUCUCCCUGCUGGUGUCCGCCGUUCUGCAUAGGGAGGCAUGCAGUGAUGUGGAGCGUGCGUGUCAGACAAGGGCAGUGAUUGAGGUGAGCAACCCGGAUGAGGAUCUAGAGCGCAUCACCGAGGGCAGCAUGUGGGCAGUCUCCGACCUGGCCGCCCCUGACAUGCACCGGGGCAUUCUGCUGCUGCGCGCCUCUGCCCGCUCGCACUGGCAGCCUCUGGCCUCCCACACAGGGCCCCAACCGCUGAUGCAUGCGUACAGCGCGCGUCAGACAGUGCAGCUGCAUUCCUUGGGGCACCUGCAGCCUGGACAUGAUUUUGACUGCCAUGGCAUUGUGCUUGGUGCUGGUGAGAAGCAGCUUCUAGGCAAGCAGUCGAGCCAAUGGGUGUUUGUGGCGGAUGAGAGCUGCAGUCAGGGGAGCACCAUCCUCGCCAUACAUCUGCAGGCUCAGCCUGAAGCCGUGGACUUCCUCGAUGGCAGAACAGAUACCAACAACAUCAUCACGCUCAUGAAUCUGCGCAUGCGCGACUAUGACAACACCAAUUGCCUGUGGCGGGCAGACGGCGAUGAAACGACGGGCAUCAGCCUGCACCCUGCGCAGACCGCGGCCAGCAUCUGCAAGCCCGGCAGCAGGCUGCACCAACUGGCAGCCUGGGCACAGGGCGCCUCUCCCCUGCUCUCAUCACUGCGCCAACAGGUGGAGCGGCUUCUGGCAAUCGGCUGA